UUAGGUGUUGGUUUGUUGCUGGUGGGGAAUAAGGAGUUACCUUGCUACGCGUAACAACUGAUAGCGCAAGUCGUGCAGAAAAUAUUUGAUCUAUUUUAAGAAACCCAUCUAGACAAAGUGAUAGUAUAAUGUGUACAAGCUGCGUACAGAAGGAGUAUCCUGACAGGGGUAACACCUGUCUAGAGAAUGGCUCCUACCUCUUAAACUACGUUGGAUGCGCCAAGUGUCAUCAGCGAGAUUUUGUAUUAAUCAGCAACAAAGCCACUGAAGAUGAGGAUGGAGAAGAGAUAGUCACAUAUGAUCAUGUGUGCAAAAAUUGUGAUCAUACCAUAGCAAGACAUGAGUACACCUUCUCUGUGGUGGAUGAUUAUCAGGAAUACAGUAUGCUGUGUCUGCUUUGUGGGAAGGCUGAGGAUUCCAUCAGCGUGCUGCCAGAUGACCCAAGACAGACUGCUCCGCUGUUCUAGAACACAGCACAUCUUCUACAGCCCGACUCUUCUAGAACUGUACUAAAACCUGCAGCCGGUUGCACCAGCAGAGCAAAAGGUCGAUCGUAAGUUUGGGUGUAAAGUCCAUCUUAACCUUACGUUCGGAGUAGCUAGUUUCAAACUAGCACUGCACUGAAUUUUGGUUGCAUCAUGAUCACUUAAGACACAACUUAACUAGUAGUGCGUAAAGCGAUCCUUAAUGAAAAUAUUGUCGCAUUUAAUGAUAUUCUAAAUUCUAUCAUUCUAUCAGUCGCAUUUCUAUCAUUUCAAGCCAAUCAACAGCACCGUACAAUAUAUAUUGUAUACGUACAUUUUCGACAUUUGCUGUGCACAGUAGCCUGCAUGUGUCAUUGUGCUGAUUCAUUUGUUCCAGCCUUGGAGUCAGAGGGGAAAGGCCUACGUUUGUCAAGUUUGUAAUAAUUAUCAUAGACAAUUUUUCCACUUUUAACCUUUCGUACAAGCCUGUUGAUAGCUGCCCUAAUUGAAUGUACCCCGUUAGGUGUGUGUCUUACAAUGACUGCAGUGUAUUUUACAAUAAAGUAAAGUACUUAACAUAUUCAUUUCUUGUAUGUAUUUAUUUUGUACUGUUCGCUAACAAAAGAGACAGCCGGAAUUG